AAAGAAUCGUGCCAGAAAGAAGCUAAUCCCUGUAUGUUGGCAUUUAUGGAAAGGAAUCGUCUCGAAGGUAAAACGCCACCAAAGGGAGGCUGUUAUGCGGGCAAGUCGUCCGCGAAAGCAGCAGCCAGUCCUCGAGGCAAGCCGCCGCCCAAAGAAAGAAACCACUUCCGGAAGCAAACCCCCUCCCAAAGAAGGCCCCACUUCUUGUGGCAAACCCUCUCCCAAAGAAGGAGCCUGUCCGGGCAGCAAGCCCCCAUCUAAGGGACCAGCCCGUCCUGCGGGAAAGCCCCCAUCUAAGGGACCAGCCAGUCCCGGGCAGUCAUCCUCUUCGCCAGCUGCCAGUAAGCCAAUGACCACAGCGGCAAUUGCACAGCCGAAAGUCACGGCUCCACCCCCGCCUCCACCUCCACCACCGCCACCCGCACCACUGCGGAAAGCAAAGGUUCCCCCAGCCCCAGAGCCCAAGGCACAGUCUCCUCCCAAGCCCCCACCCCCACUACCGCCGCCUUCCGUAAAACCCUCGGCCAGCCAGUCCACCCAAGCCGGAGGCGAUCAGUGCCACUGCGAGGCACAUAAAGCACAGCUACUGUGCCAGCCAGUGGUGCCGCUGAAGGACACCAUCCAGCGGUAUCUGUGCAGCAUACAGCCGCACCUGAAGCCCGACGAAUUCCUGGAGGAACAGAAGCUGACCCUCGAGUUCCAAGACGGCGAGGGUGCGAAGCUGCAGAAGCUGCUGGAGGACGUGGCCAAGUGCAGCAGCAAUUGGCUGACACCACGCUGGACAAAUGCCGCCUACUUGGGCUACAGAGCACCGGUAACCAUCUUCUCGAGUCCAUGUUUGACCCUACCCAUGCAGAACUUUAAAACCCAUCGGGACUACAUGCUGUUCACGGCCAAGGUCAUCUACGGGAUGUGCGAGUUCAAGGAGCUGGUGGACAACAAUGGCAUACCCGUGGUAAAGAUGUGCUGCCACGAUCUGGACAACAGUCAGUUCAGGAAGAUCUUCGGCACGGUACGAAAGCCGGGACGCUUCUGCGAUACCAUCGAGCAGUAUCCGGACUCUCAGUAUGCGGUGGUCAUCCAUAGAAAUAAUUUCUUUAAGCUGCCUGUUUUUGGUGCGGACUGCAAGAUUGCUCAUGUCCACAGCUUGGCCGAUCAACUGGGUAGCAUCCUGCACUGUCCCAUGGAGCGGGGCCUGCCCAUUGGCCUGCUCACCCACGACAAUCGCGACAACUGGGGCGAAGCCUAUACUUAUCUCUGCGGCUCUGAGGGCAACAACGAGUCCAUUGUCCACGCCAUCGAGCAGUCGCUCUUCAUCGUCUGCCUGGAUGACCGUUUGAAGGUGCCUGAGAAGGGAGCUAGUGCCGUGCAUGCCGCCCAGCUCAUUCAUGGCGGCGGAAGCCACCAGAACAGCGGCAAUCGCUGGAUGGACAAGACGAUCCAGCUGAUUGUCAAUCCGAACGGCAUGGCCGGCUUCUGCUAUGAGCAUGCACCCGCCGACUGUCAGCCGCUGGCCAUGCUCAUGGACUUUGUGCAGGGCAAGAUAACUCAACCAAAUUAUGGCUGCCAAUGCUGCACCGCUUCCAAAGUGGAGCCAGCCACGGUGCUCUGCUUUGAUCGCUUCAACCAGUGCACGGAGCUGUACCUGUGCGAGGCAAGGCGAAACAUUGACAAAAUCAGCAGCCGGCUGCAGUUGCACGUCUUCAAGUACGAGUGUCAUGGAAAGGACUUCAUCAAGGCGCAAGGUUUGAAUGCGGACAGCUACAUACAGAUGGCCCUGCAGCUGGCCUACUUCAAUCUCCAUCGGAAGCUGCCGGCCCAGUACGAGUCGGCCCACUUGCUCAUGUUCGAGGAGGGACGCACGGAGACGGUUCGCUCCACGUCGAGGGAAUCUCGAGCCUUUGUCCAGGCCAUGACCUGCUCGCCGGGCUCCAAUAAGAAGCGUCUGUUGGCGCUCCGCACCGCAGUGGACUCCCACCAGGAGCUGACCAAAUUCGCACUACAGGGACGGGGCAUCGACCGUCAUCUGUUGGGGCUGCAGCAAAUGGCCAAGGAGAAUCGUCUUCGAAUGCCCAAGUUCUUUCAGUCGAAGGGGUACGUGAAGUCCGUCAGUUUCCAGGUGUUCAGCUCCCAGGUGCCCAGCAGACAUGAUGCCUUCAUGGCGUACGGACCCCUGAUCGCCAAUGGCUAUGGCUGCUGCUACAAUCCACGCGACAGGGAAAUGAUAUUUUCCAUCUCGGCAUGGGGCUCCAACAAGGAAACCGAUCCCGUGCUCUAUGGCAAGGCGAUAGAGAAGGCCUUGGACACGAUGAGGAAACUGGUCCUCCAGACGGGCGGUGAUCGAGUGGGCGAAGAUGUCUGCAAAUGCGCCGAUGAGAAGCCACCCAAGUAGAGCUAUCCUAUUGAGUGUUCCCACACCCCUCAGGGCAAAUACACUUUCGUAAUCUUUCACUUUA